GAAGGGCCGUGGCGACGCAGACGGUAAGGGGAGGGUGGACGGCCUAGGUGUGCGCGUCUGCGUUUCGCUGUGCCGGAAGGGGGAACUGCGCGGUCGAGGUGACCGGGGACUGAGCAUUUUAGAUCAGCUUGGUAAACCUGGUGCACUACCAUGCUGGCCGCAAGACUUGUGUGUCUCCAGACACUACCUUCCCGGAUUUUCCACCCAGCUUUCACCAAGGCCUCCCCCGUUGUGAGGAAUUCUAUCAGGAAGAAUCAAUGGCUUUUAACACCCAGCAGGGAAUAUGCCACCAAGACAAGAAUUGGGACCCGACGUGGGAGAACUGGCCAAGAACUCAAAGAAGCAGCACUGGAACCAUCAGUGGAAAAAAUAUUUAAAAUUGAUCAGAUGGGAAGAUGGUUUAUUGCUGGAGGGGCUGCUGUUGGUCUUGGAGCAUUGUGCUACUAUGGCUUGGGAAUGUCAAGUGAGAUUGGAGCAAUUGAAAAGGCUGUAAUUUGGCCCCAGUAUGUGAAGGAUAGAAUUCAUUCCACCUAUAUGUACUUAGCAGGAAGUAUUGGUUUAACAGCUUUGUCUGCCCUGGCAGUGAGCAGAACUCCUAUUCUCAUGAAUUUCAUGAUGAGAGGCUCUUGGGUGACAAUUGGUGCGACAUUUGCAGCCAUGAUUGGAGCUGGAAUGCUGGUACAAUCAAUACCAUAUGACCAGAGCCCAGGCCCAAAGCAUCUUGCUUGGUUACUACAUUCUGGUGUGAUGGGCGCGGUGGUAGCUCCUCUGACGAUAAUGGGGGGGCCUCUUCUCAUCAGAGCUGCGUGGUAUACAGCAGGCAUCGUAGGAGGCCUCUCCACCGUGGCCAUGUGUGCACCGAGUGAGAAGUUUCUGAACAUGGGAGCACCCCUGGGAGUGGGCCUGGGCCUCGUCUUUGUGUCCUCACUGGGAUCUAUGUUUCUUCCACCUACCACUGUGGCUGGAGCCACUCUGUACUCAGUGGCAAUUUAUGGUGGAUUAGCUCUUUUCAGCAUGUUCCUUCUGUAUGAUACGCAGAAAGUAAUCAAGCGUGCAGAAAUAGUACCAGUGUAUGGAGUUCAAAAAUAUGAUCCCAUCAAUUCGAUGCUGGGGAUCUACAUGGAUACAUUAAAUAUAUUCAUGCGAGUUGCCACUAUUCUAGCAACUGGAUCUAACAGAAAGAAGUGAAGUGACUCAGCUUCAGACUUCUUUAAUGCAUCAGACAUCUUGCUUAUUUAAUAGGGGCAGGUAUUCAUUAAUAGUUUGUUCAAGCAACUUUUGUUCAAGUUUAGAAGAUAAGAACUUGUCGUGUUGGAAAUGUCCCAGUAAUGUGAUGCUUCAGGUCUGCUUUUUCUUCUGGAGAAUAAAUUCAUUAGUUCUCUGCAAAAUGAGCACACACAUGAUCAAUUCUCAUGUUUGAGUAAGUCUAAAAUGCUUCAAUGAGUAUGAAAACUGAGACUUUUGAGAAUUUAAGUGUUUCAUCUUUUAAAUUUUUUUAAGUGAAAAUUAGCAAAUUUGUGUUUGUGUAAAUUUUGGAAUGCAGAAUAUUAACAAGUAAUGUCAUGAGUGGUGCAGGGGUUUGGUAAAGGGACCAGAGAGAAGUAAAGGAUCACCUGCAGUCUUUCUUUGAAUACUUAGACUUUAGGGCUUGUGUAAUUGGUGGUGAGCCAGUGAGAGGCUAUCACUUUUUACAUUGUCUUCUGAACUUACCAGAAGCAUUGGGCAUAAAACAAAGACAUGAGUGAUGCUUUUUCUUGGUGUUCCUUUUUAGUUCUCUCUUAAUAGUGUAGAUGUGAUCAUGUUUGGUUUCCCAUUGUUUGACAUUGUUAGGGCACUUCAGAAUUUUAAUCAUAUGGACAGUUCCUGAUACAUAAUACAUGUGUGUGUGUAAGUUUUACUUUCGAAUAUCCUAGAACAAAAUAUCCUUAGAAUACCUUCUCAGGAUAAAAUAUUCAAAGUACACAAACAGUUCAUAAUUGCUGAAAUUUUUGCAUAUUUAUUUAAAUAUUUAAUAGAGUACAUGUUUGCUUUUCUCAUCUCUUUGACACUUUUAUUAGAAAAGCCUGUUUGUGGCUUACACUUGAGAUAUGAAGGAGCAGUUUUCCUCCCGAGACUUGAUUUCUUGCUUUCCCUCUUAGACCAAGCACUAAAAAAAGGAAAACAAAGCUACACUUUCCUUAUGUACUUAUGGACAUCAAUCAAAAAUAUAAUGGGCAGAAUGCUUCAUUAGAGUGUCCCCUAGCAGAAUUUUCCUUCUCUCCUGCAUAGACUGUUACUUAACUCCCUUGUGACAUUUGUAAGUUUUUUGAUAACAGAAGAGUUACUUUGAAAGUUCUUAAUGAAUGAAGUGUAUAUUGUUAUUGAGGUGAUUGGUGUUUUUGACAAGCAUUUAUUACAGUAAUCCAGAAAUAACUAUUCUAACCACCUCAAGUUACAUAAGAUACUUAUUUUUGAAAUAAUAAAGGUUCCAGCCAGAUGGUGAUUGGUCUGUAAUUUUUCCAGCUGAACCAUAAGCAUACCAUUUGAAUAGUAGAUUUGUUCAAGAAAGCAACUUAUUCUAUUACCAAUACAGUAUAUAUAGUACAGUGUGAUUAUUAUCACAGUACUUAUAGCCAGACUACCUUUAUUUGAAUCCCAACUCUUCCACUUAUUUCUUAUGUGACCUAGGCAUUACUUAACUACUCUGUGCCCAUUUCCUCAUCUAUAAAAUGAAGAUGAUAGCAGAAUCUUCCUGAAGGUGAAAUGUGAUGGGACUUAAAUGUUUAGCUGCUAUUGCUGGUUUGUUUGGGGGUUCCCCCCCCUAAAAAAAGUCUAAGCACUAAACUUCUAUUUUUUUCCCUACUUUAGUUCCUGUACAGUGUGUGAUCUUAAAGUGAAAUCUUCUGUUUGUUUUUUUGAAAGAUUUUAUUUAUUUUACAGAGGAAGGAAGGGAGAAAUGGAGAGAAAUAGCUGUGUGCAACAGAUACAUAGAUCAGUUGCCUCUCACACACUCCCAACUUGGGGUGUGGCCCACAACCCAGACAUGUGCCCUGACUGGGAAGCGAACUGAUGACCUCUCGGUUCACAGGCCAGCACUCAAUCCACUGAGAUCUGAAAGAUCCUUUUGUCUUCAGUCACAUUCUGGAACCCAGAGUUUAUAUCUUUAUGUUUGGAUUGUAUCAUACACAAAACAGAAAGGUAUCAUUUCAGUAAUGCAUAUUAGCAGAGCUUAUCUAGAAAAUCAAGGAUUUUUUAAGAAUUUAAUGACUUAGUAUUUUAACUUCUGAUUUUGUUGCUAAGACAGUGAAGACUUUUAAGAAUGAAAAGUGAGGUAUACAAGAGGGGACCCCCCCAAAAAACAAUUAUCUUCUGGAGGGCAGACCCCUUGUAGUACAGGCUUCCCCCAUUAUGUGAGUGUCCUACAGAUAGGUCUUAUCUGUAUCAGUGUACUAACUGGUAUUGUUAUGAGAGGCUGUAUUUGGCUUCAGUGAAUUUUUUUUCACUGAGGAAUUAAAAUACAUCUGCCUAUUUCAUAAGGGAUGAUACAGAUUUACAAGCGUACCGGCCCACACCACGGUGAGUGUUCAGCAGUGUUCGGCCAAAAAUAGCAUGACCCCCCCAUGCCCCACCCUUCCUAUUCACUGGACCUUGCUCCAAGCGACUUCUUUUUGUUCCCGUCCCCCCCGCCUCCGCCCCAUGAAAAAAGUCUUCAAAGGGAAAUAUUUUGCCAAUAUGGAAAAGGUGAAACAAACAAACAAAAAAAAAAAACGAUAGAAGCGCUAAGAGGCAUCAAAAUCGAUGAGUUCAAAAAACUGUUUUGAGUAGGAAAAAAAAAAUCUAGAUAGGUGUAUUGCAUCAAAUGGAGAGUACUUUGAAGGUGACUGAAAUUAAACAUGUUAAAAUAAAUACACAGUUUUUUAAAAAUAAACCAGGUUUUUGGGGGGUCCUCCCUCAUAUAAAAUGGCAAAUACUUAUACUAGCUCUAAAGUAAUCAUUAGGUCUGUGGCUCCUUCGACAUACCACUUGGGUUUAUUCCCUCACAUCACUCACAGGGAAGAGUGAAGACUGGCAAAUUGACAGUUUUUUGGUAGAGCCAGCAGGUUUGUGUUCUGUGCUUAGAGCACUGGGCCCUUGGAUUUCUUCUGUGCUCUUUGAAAUGUUAGAGGCCUGUCUCUCUUAAAAUUCUUCAUCUUGAUAAAAUGUAUCCAUAUUAAAGUUUCUGAAACUAAAUGAUACCCAAGAUUUGUAUCAUUUCAGUAGAGUAGAAGUGUCUAGAUAGGCUAGUAAUAGUUAAUGUUUGAAUUUUUUUAUAUUAUGUGCUAAUCCCUUUGCACAAAUGAUAAAUUCCUCUGAGCUAGGUACUGCUAUGCUCUCCUCAUUUUGCAAAGGAGUAAACUGAAGCCUACAAAUUCAGUCUGCACAAGAUUGAAUCUUGUAGCUGAGAAGGAUGAAGUGGUAGAGUUAAGUGAUCCUCCUAGCCUGUUAUACUGAGAGAUUCAUGAUGAAUCAAUCCCACAGGCUGAUUCUAUCUGAGAAUCAAAAACACUGUACAAAUUAAAUAGGUAGGUUGGGAUUCUGGUGAACAUACCUACAACACUAGAAUUUUAGUGUUUACCAAAAGGAAUUGACCUCAGAUAAAUGAUAAUCAUGUUUUACUUCCCCAGAUCCUAUUUUUUAUAUAGAGUACCAGAAACUCCUACUUGGAGCUACAAAUCAAGCCAUUAUUUAAAGGUCAGUGUAAUUAGUAAGAUGGACUCCCUAAAUGUGCUCAAUUUAUAUAACUAGCAGUCAGAAUGGAAGCCAUUUUUUCAAAGCAGAAAUUUGAAGCCGUGACCUUGAGGACUUUGUCUUUUGUGUAGCAGUUCAGGAAGACGGAGAAAACUCCCCCAGUGUUAGCACUUGAAAACAGUAAAAGGAGCAUUUUGUGCCAGAAGCAAAGGUGAAAUCUGAAGUCUGAUGGGGGAGAAGAGAUAAUGUGGACCAUUCUGACCAGUGUAUCUAUCUCAGGGCUGCUGGCAAGUUUGCAUGAGGGCAGAUCCAGUACAAUCUCUUCCCAACCUCAGCCUUCAAUUCUGCCUGGCUUCAUUUGUAUUAGUUCCUCACCUAGUAGGUUAUCAGUCCUUCUAAGGAACCUCUUCACCUUCAAGAGUCCAUGUUUUUUUACACCCAGAAUUGAUAUCUUGCACGACCUAAUUGGUAUUUGUUUUCACAACUGGGCACAGAAGUCUAGAAACAGUUAAACAUUUAAAACAGUCCACUGAGCACUUCGUAAAAGCCCCCUGAGCCCCUAUAAAUACGGUGUCAGCUUGCCAUCAUUCUUGCAUACUAGCCUUUCAUGUGCCUGGCACAUGUGGACAGCUCACCUACAUGCCUCAGUGUGGUCUUACAUAGCAGCACAGCUUGGUGAAAUUAGGUUCAUAUGGCAAUCUCAUUGGAAAGGGUGUUACAUAUCUUAGUUUCAUUUACUCAUUAGUCAUGUUGCUUCAAUGCCAAGAUCCCCCAUCAGACUUUUAUUUCUGAAAUGUUUGUCCAAUUUCAUGAUUUUUUUUGUUCAAAACUAAAUAGCAUAUCUUAAAAUCAGUGACAUUUUAUAAUUGAAGAAAUACGGUGUUUUCCAGUGACUUGUUUUCCAUAAUUUCCCAAUAGUUCAUUGUCCUGUAGAAAAAGGCAUCUGAAGUAUAAUCUUUUGGUAAUUGCUAGUAGCAAUUUUACUGAUGAUUCAGAGGGAAUCUUCCACGAGAAAGUACAAAUUUAGCCCCACCCAGUUAUAUACUUCACAAGGAUUGAAUGCAGAAUGACUCCUGAACAGGAAGACCUCCUGUUUGGAGGCUCAGAGCAUGAGUGAUUUGGUAUGAUCUAACUCUUUGUAAGUAGGAGUCAUUUAAAAAGAAGUUAGAGAAAUUACGAUAAGAUCUUCACUGUUGUUAAUUCUGAGUGGCAAAAAAAUGAGCGUUUGGUAGGAAAAUGGGAUGUUUGGUAUAUUUUUCAGUAUGUUACAGCUUCCGCUAACAUUUUACAAAUGAAAGUACUUAUGGAAAGAAAGUACAUUGAAACUCACUUUUCAGGUUUUGGGAAUUUUGUGAAAGACCCAGGAAAGCAGAACUUCUAUCCACACUGCAGCCUUUGGCACGACUUAUCUCUGAGUGGAACUGGACCUAAUGCCUUCAAGGUCCCUGUAGCCCUCACAUGCUGUGUCUGCAUUGACACCAGGGUUGAUGUUUUCCUGGGAACUGCAGAGCUCUGGCUGCGUCUCACACAUCCACCCUGUCGAGGUGGUGCUAGGUGUGAGGGUGAUGAUAGGAAAGGUAACACCUCUUUUCUGGGAAGCCUGCUGUCAAACCUGCAAGUCACAGAGGAGACACUGACAGACUCCAGCUCUGAGGGCAGGCAAAAGCAGCAAACCUUGGCAUUCCCCUUCUUAUUGCCCAGGUCUCCUCGUACUUGCUCUGAUGGUCCUGCUACCCUUUGUCAAAAUCCACAUUUGUGAAUGGAUCCGGUGUUAUUCAUUUAGACCUGAGUUUUAAUGUGUGUUUUUUCUUUUCUUGCCCUGAAUUGUGGC